AGGCACAGAAAUAUAUAUUAUGCUUGUGUCGCACGGAAAAUAAAUUAAAAUUAAAGUUAUCCUCAAUUUGGACUUCGUUUUGAUUAUGUUUCAUUUUAGAAGGCUCCUAAGGCCGACUGCCCUGGUACGCCACUCAUCAACAAUAAAGAACUUUCACCGUACAUUGGUUACAACCAGCGGACUAAGAAAAGAUGCCGCACCUAAUGCGGAGGCUGCGUCGAUCCCAGCGAAAACCAUUCUGGUAGAAAAGGACAAAAAUAUUACCCUCAUUGGUAUCAAUCGCCCGCAGCAACGCAAUGCAAUUGAUUCGAGCACUGCGUCGCAGUUGUGCGAUGCUUUUGCUAAUUUCGAGCAGGACGAGACCUCGCCAGUGGCUGUCCUGUAUGGCAUAGGGGGUUCUUUCUGUUCGGGCUUCGACAUUCUUGAGAUGAGCACCGACGAAAAAGAGGAAAUUAGUGUGGAUAUACUUAUGCGCCCCGAGGGCUCAGUGGGUCCCACACGAAGGCAAAUUAAAAAGCCGGUUGUCUGCAGCAUCAAUGGCUAUUGUAUAGGGAAUGGCCUGGAAUUGGCUCUAAUGUGUGACUUACGCGUAAUGGAGGAAUCCGCAGUGCUUGGAUUCUUCAAUCGACGCUUUGGUGUCCCCAUGCUGGAUGGCGGUACUGUUCGUUUGCCGGCUAUGAUCGGUUUGUCCCGCGCUUUAGAUUUAAUACUCACUGGACGUCCAGUGGGAUCACAGGAAGCCCACGACAUUGGCCUGGUAAAUCGCAUAGUGCCCACUGGAACAGCACUUGGCAACGCAGUAGAGCUAGCCACUUGUUUGGCCAAGUUUCCACAGCGUGCCCUAAACCAUGAUCGCAACUCGGUUUAUUCGGGUGCUUUUGAAACUUCGACCUUUCAUCAGGCCGUGCAGAACGAAGUAAUGUACACCUCCCGAGAGAUAAUCGAAGAUAUGCAGAACGGAAUUAAGUGGUUCAAUCAAACUUUCAAAGCGGACACUACUCACUCCUGGCUUAAACGUGAUCGCUCCAUGGCCGAUUGGGAUGAUGAAGAUGUUGCCGCUGCGGCUGCCCAGAAGGAGAAACAAAAACAAGAAGAGGAGGCCGCUCGCGUUGAAGCCGAGAAACAAAAGCAAGCCGAAAAGGCACAAAAAAAGUCAAAGCCUGCCGAACCAAAAUCUGAGAGCAAGGCAGAAGUCAAAUCUGAGUCCACUAGUAGUGGUGAAAAUAACGAUUCAAAAUCGAAGCCCAAAGACAAAUAGUUGUAAUAUACUUAUAUCAAAUUCGUUGUCCAGUUGCCUAGAGGAAGCUUCUUUGCUUUUCCAUUGAUCUACUAUACGUUCUUAUAAGAGCAGUUCAGCAAGUUGGUAAAUUAAAUAUAUCAAUUUUUUUCUAACUAAAA